GCGGAGCUGCGAGGAUGGGAGCGCAUCUGCAGCCGCUGGCCCUGCGGCUCCUGGCGCUCACUUUCCCCUUGGUGGCCAAGGCUUUUCCCGACGAAACCUUGGAGAAAGCCUCCAAAUCCGAGGGAUAUUGCAGCCGGAUCCUGCGAGCCCAAGGCACCAGGAGGGAAGGGUACAAUGAAUUCAGCCUCAGGGUGGAGGGCGACCCAGAAUUUUACAAGCCUGGGAACAGUUACCGGGUGACGCUUUCUGCUGCCACUCCUGCCUACUUCCGAGGGUUCACCUUGAUCGCCCUCAAGGAAGGAAAGGAAGGUGACAAAGAGGAAGACCAUGCAGGAUCUUUCCAGAUCAUAGAUGAAGAGGAAACCCAGUUCAUGAGCAACUGUCCUGUGGCUGUGACUGAGAGCACACCUCGGAGGAGAACACGAAUCCAGGUGUUCUGGACAGCUCCUCCCGCUGGGACAGGCUGUGUGAUCCUGAAAGCCAGUAUUGUGCAGAAGCGCAUCAUUUAUUUUCAAGAUGAGGGCUCCCUCACCAAAAAAAUUUGUGAACAAGAUUCAGCCUCGGAAGGUGUGACUGACAAACCAAUUUUAGACUGUUGUGCCUGUGGUACUGCCAAAUACAGGCUGACUUUUUAUGGAAACUGGUCAGAAAAAACACAUCCCAAAGAUUUUCCACGACGCACCAACCACUGGUCUGCCAUCAUUGGCAGCUCCCACUCCAAGAAUUACAUCCUGUGGGAGUAUGGAGGAUAUGCCAGCGAAGGAGUCAAACAAGUGGCAGAGCUGGGGUCCCCAGUGAAGAUGGAAGAAGAAAUUCGGCAGCAGAGCGAUGAGGUUCUGACAGUGAUCAAGGCCAAGGCACAGUGGCCAGCCUGGCAACCUCUGAAUGUGAGAGCUGCUCCCUCUGCUGAGUUUUCCGUGGAUCGCCACCGACACCUGAUGUCCUUCCUCACCAUGCUGGGCCCCAGCCCCGACUGGAACGUGGGGCUCUCUGCCGAGGAUCUCUGCACCAAGGACUGCGGCUGGGUCCAGAAAGUGGUGCAGGAUUUGAUCCCCUGGGAUGCUGGCACCGACAGCGGAGUCACAUAUGAGUCUCCUAACAAACCUACAGUACCUCAGGAGAAGAUCAGACCUCUUACAAGCUUGGAUCACCCUCAAAGCCCAUUUUAUGAUCCAGAAGGAGGAUCUAUCAAGCUGGUGGCCAGAGUUGUCAUUGAGAGAAUUGCUCGAAAGGGGGAGCAGUGCAAUAUCGUUCCUGACAACAUAGAUGAUAUUGUGGCAGAUCUAGCACCAGAGGAAAAAGAAGAAGAUGACACCCCUGAGACCUGCAUAUACUCAAACUGGUCGCCAUGGUCAGCCUGCAGCUCCUCUACCUGUGAAAAGGGCAAGAGGAUGAGGCAGAGAAUGCUGAAAGCUCAGCUGGACCUCAGUGUGCCCUGCCCUGACACCCAGGACUUCCAGCCCUGCAUGGGUCCGGGCUGCAGUGAUGAAGAUGGUUCCACCUGCAUGAUGUCUGACUGGAUUACGUGGUCCCCCUGCAGCGUCUCCUGCGGGAUGGGAACGAGAUCCAGGGAGAGAUACGUGAAGCAGUUCCCCGAGGAUGGCUCCAUGUGCAAAGUGCCUACUGAAGAGACUGAGAAGUGUAUUGUAAAUGAGGAAUGCUCUCCCAGCAGCUGCCUCGUCACUGAAUGGGGCGAGUGGGACGAGUGCAGCGCCAGCUGCGGCACGGGCAUGAAGAGGAGGCACAGGAUGAUCAAGAUGACUCCAGCUGAUGGAUCCAUGUGCAAGGCAGAGACCACUGAGGCAGAGAAGUGCAUGAUGCCUGAGUGCCAUACCAUCCCCUGCCUGCUCUCUCCCUGGUCUGAGUGGAGUGACUGCAGUGUAACCUGCGGGAAGGGAAUGAGAACCAGGCAGAGGAUGCUGAAAUCUGCUGCUGAGCUGGGAGACUGCAACGAGGAGCUGGAGCAGGCAGAGAAAUGCAUGCUGCCAGAAUGCCCCAUCGACUGCGAGCUGACGGAGUGGUCCCAGUGGUCCGAGUGCAACACCUCCUGUGGCAAGGGCCACAUGAUCAGGACGAGGAUGAUUAAAAUUGAGCCCCAGUUUGGGGGAGCAGCUUGCCCUGAGACCGUGCAGCGUACAAAAUGCAGGGUGAGGAAGUGCCUGAGGGGAGCUGGGAUGGAGAAAAGGCGCUGGAAGGAGGCCCGGGAGAAAAGGAGAAGCGAACAAGCAAAGAAGAAUUUAGAUAGUGAGCAAUAUCCAGUUUGUAGGCUGAAACCAUGGACUGCUUGGACAGAAUGUUCUACACUCUGUGGAGGUGGAAUUCAGGAGCGCUACAUGAUGGUAAAGAAGAGGUCCAAAAGCACUCAAUUUACCAGCUGCAAAGACAAAAAGGAGCUAAGAGCGUGUAAUGUCCAUCCUUGUUAACAAAACACAAGGUUCCAAGUGAUGCACUCGGAGCUAAAUGGAAAGUCAACCUUGGUUUGUUUUUUUUUUUUAAGAACAACAACAACAAAAUAUAAAGUGUAUAUUAGUUUUCAUUUUUUUGCAGUGUGGUUUGCUUUUUAGUCUUGCUGGGGCAAGAAAAAUAUUUUAUAAAUAUUUCCUCACGGAUUUAUGCUGAGAGUAAACCUUUGGUACUCCAGCUAGCCCUUAAUGCAUAAAAAUAGUAAAGUCAUGGUGAGUUACUUAAUUAAAAUACAGACACAUCUGUGGACAUGGAAUAGCCAUGUUGAAAUAUCACUUGUAAAGACAUGGGAUGCAUGCAUAUUAACAAAACUAAGUUCAAGUGACAGAAAGUUUCACCUGUGGGAGGAUUUCUCUCUAGAUUUGAUUUAGAAAAUCCAAAGCAGUGCCUCUGUGAUUACACAACUAUGCCAAGGAGUAAUUUCAGUAAUGCUGGUUCAAUAACAUUAAAGGUGCAUGUUUAUCUUUUUACACUAUUGGCUUGAGCUGAUAGUUAUUAUUGGAAUAAUAACAAAAACAAUCCUAAACACUUUUCUUCACAUGGAUGCUGUGGUCCAUGCAAGAAGAUCCUUUUUUCUUCAAAACAUAAAAAGGAAAUAAUUUUUGCAGCUCGAUAGUGAUGUCUGACAUGAUCACAGUCAAGAAAAACAAACAUGCCAAUGUCAUAAAAUGUGUACAGUCCAUACUGGGUCCAUCCACUGCCUUCCAAAAUGGACACAGAACUGGUACAAAUUGCUGCAGACCAUCUCAACAGCUCUGCCACAGGACGUCUUCCACAUGAGAGACACUAAAAAAUUAGAUCCAGCUUCUCAAGGAUCUUAUUCACAGGUGGAGAGGGAGACAGGUUUAUAAUAAAACAAAAAUGGUAGAGCAAAGGUAAGCCAGGCUCUCAUGCAUCCCUUAAAAUGAAAUGAGCCUCUGAAAGGAAA